UUUUUCCUAAAACCUUCAGAUUUUCAUUAAUUUUUGUUCCUUGAUAAAGUUAGAUUUAAUAGCAUUCAAAAUUAUUUCAGCCUAAAAAUUGUAAAAUGAUACCUUUUUUCGCUCCCUUAACCUUCGAGAACACAAUGCUUGGGUUACCUAUGUCUUGUUUCCAUGACGAUGAUUGUGACUUUUUGAUAUACACUACUCAAGAGGCCAUUUUAGCUUGUGUACAAUCAACUUAUGAGACUUUUAAGAUAAAAAACAACAAUCCUCAUCUUUAUUCAAAAAGGAAGAAAAACACCAGACUUCAGACAACAUGUUGGAAAGUUGAAUUUGACUGAAAAAUUCAAUUUGUGUUGAGGAACUAAGCGAAGAAUGUCGGGUCCAAGGCUGAAGGCUGGUGGCUCUAGGUCCCAAAAGCCGUCGUGGUUUCAAGAUGUGAAAACAGGAUGCGAAAAACAAACAGAUUACUUCCUACGAAUACGGAAACUACAAAAAGAAUUGAUCAACAGAGAGCAGCAUAACCUUGUUAAUGCUAUGGAGAGACUCAAACAGCUUCAAUAUCCUAGAAGGAAGCCUUUUGUUCGCAACUUCGAAGGCCCUCCCGUCAGUUCGAAAUGCUUUCCAACAAGGCCAUUACGAAAUACGAGAAGGGACCCAAAACAUCUUCUUAACCAAAGGUCAGAAUUUGAGGAAUUGAAACCAUUAAAAGGGAAAGUGUUGCUCCCAAAAAAGACUCGAGUUGAUGAUGAAGCGAAUGUGGAGCCGUUCACGCUCGAUGAAAUAAAAAGAAUUUACAGUAUGUUGCCAAUUAUGAACGAUAAACAAAUAGCAAGAAUCAUCCAUGAUGUAAGGACGACUUUUCCUGAUGAACCCUUCACGUAUCUUCUACAACCUCAUCUACCAUCUAUCCCAAAUGUUCCACGGAAAGCUAACAGAAGACUUGAUAAUCGAUUGAAAUUGCUUACGUUAACUGAGAGCUCUUGCUCUAUCGGAAGCUCAAAUAGUAUUCCACAUAUACAUCCCACUUCUAGCCAUCACAAAAGAACAGAUGUUGCGCCUAAAGAUGCUGAGAAACAGAAACAAAGGAAGAGUGAAAGGAAAAAAGGGAAAAAGAGUAUUCUUGCUUUUGAUGUUGAUCCAAAUGAUUCCUCUGUGUUUUCAAACUGUCUAUCUAGUUCAGAUAAAGAUAUUCUGAAUGAGGACCCCUCUCCUUUGCCCCCUCCUAAUUCUAGACCUACUUCAUGUUUGAAAAAUAUGGAUGCAGAACGUGAUGUAACAAAGGAAAAGCUUGAAAAUGAAACAAGUGAAACUCUGAAUGACUUGAACGAAAAACUUACUGAAUCAGUUGUUGAGAAUACUGUUCAACUCUCUGCAUCCAAUCAAUUAGAUGAAGAGAUGCAAGAAGAAAAACAGAAUUUACCUAAAAGUAAUCCAGGUGAAAACCAUGAUUCCAAGGAAAUCUUAGAUGAAGAAAAGAAAGAAGAUGAACAAUUGCAACCAGAGGCGCAGCCAGAAGCACUCAAUGCUGUAGAAAGCUUAGAAAAUUUACCUGAAAAUGCUUCUGUCAUUUACACAGAGCCAGUAGUUAAAAUCACAAAAAAGGAACCUGCUAUGUUAGAAAACUAAAUGAAAGAAUUAGGAUUUUAAAAUAAGAUGAUAUGAGGCCUAAUAAUUUGUCAAAUUCUUCUAAAAAAUCAAAAUUCUUAAAAACAUAUAACCAUAAAACAUUUAGAAAGUGAAUAGCAGAGAUAAUCUUGUCGUUUUAAAAUAUACACUUUAUAACAUUAUAAAUCAAAAGCUYCCAUAUGUAAAACU